UAAAUGGAACGUGAAUAUUUUCGCGGUAAACACUGUGUUUCACGUGUGAGUAGCUUACAGUCGAUACCUUGUAUUAUAAAGUUUUAAGAGACGAUAAGUUAAAAAGUAUAUACGUGUGAUUAAAUAGACAUGAAUAGGUAGACAUAUAUAUCUAUCUCCCUGACUAAGAAUAUAUUUUACAAUAAUAAAAUGGACAAUCAUAAAGGAAAACGAAAUAAAAAGAAAAAUCGUAAAAAAAAACGAAAUAAAAAGAAGCAACAAACUACACAAAAUACUUCCAAAUUAAAAGAACUUAGUGUUAUAUUACAUGCUUCGUAUCCAGCAUUAAUUCAAUAUGAUGAGAUGCUUCAAUUAAAACCUGAAAAAAAAUACAAUUUGCAGUUAAUAAUUGAUGACGAAUCUUCUACUAAAUCUGAUUGUAGAUCUAAUAAGAUAAGUCACAUACCAAAGAACACAGUAUUAAUGAAUACUAAAGUUUCCCAACAUACUUUGAAAUCAACUGUAAGCAGAAGAAGUAGACUAAAUACCAGUACAAGCAUACUAAGUCCUGAUAAAUCAGACUUGACACAUGGUACAAGCAUAAAAUCAGCUAUAGUGGGUUCUGAUGAUACAAAUUGCUUGGAUAAGAAAAAUUUAAGUUUUAUUGAUCAUAAUAGCAAGACCAUAGAGGUUUUCAAUGAUGGGCCAUCCAUUGCAAGUACAAAAUACGAUCGUAAUUUAGAAAGUCGGAAACGUACUGCAGAAGAAAAUAGUAUAAACGUAAAUACACGUACUAAAAGAAUCAAAUUAAACAGGAAUUGUCAACAAAGCAAUGUAGAAUCACAUAAUACAUUAGUGAAGCAACAAUUUGAGGAUUUCCUAAGUAUUAAUACGACGACUAAAAAUGCAAAAUGUGUUAAAACAGAUUUACGUGUAACGUUAAACAAAAAAAGAACUGAGAAAGUCUACAAAUUAAAAAGAACUGAUAGUGAUGAAACUAUAAAUGAUACAAUGUCAAUGAAAAUAAAUAAUAAAAAUAGCGCGAUUAGUGUAAAACGUGUUAAAACAGAUUUACGUAUAACGUUAAACAAAAAAAGAACUGAGAAAGUCUGCAAAUUAAAAAGAAGUAGUGAUGAAACUAUAAAUGAUACAAUGUCAAUGAAAAUAAAUAAUAAAAAUAGCGCGAUUAGUGUAAAAGACAUAGUAGAAAACAAGGAAACGAGGAAAGACAAUGUAAAGAAGUUACAAAAUGUACAGGAUAGUACAGGAAACAGAAUUGAAAAAAAGAAAAUAAAAAUAGAAAGUUUGCCAGAAAUGUGUAAUAAAAAUGAGCUAUUAACAGCAAAACAAACUCUAUCGAAGAUAAAUCAAAAUGUUCCUGUACCGAAGGAGACGGUACACAAUAAAUUAUUAGAACAAACUUUGCACACGGAUAGUCUAUCUGCAAGUUCGACAAAUUUAACAUCAAACUGCAAAAUAAAAAACUAUUUCAAUAGAUUCUGUUUUGCUAUAUUGAUGCAUUCCACAUGUAAAUCACGAUAUUUAUGUACUUAUAAACACAAUUUUCAGGAAUUUAUUAAUACAUUUUAUUCUGAAGAUUCCAAUAAGAUAAUAGAUGCAAUAAACUUUGCUAUACACAAGGAAUUUUACUUUUUCUGUCACGAAUUAUAUAAAAAAUCCUUAGAAAAAUUAACAAUCGAUGACAUUUUAACAAUAUAUAGAAAGUUUUAUGACAUUUAUAAGUUGUCAAAAGAUAUUACUUACGAUGUCAUCAAGGAAUUAUUAAGCAGAGAAAUAUCAUUAAAAAAUAUUGUGGACCAUAUCGUAGCAGCCAUUAAUUCAUCCGUUAUAAUCGAUGUAACUAAAUACUACGAAAUAUUCCAUUGUGUAAAACAGUUUAUGAAACCUGGCGAAUAUUGGUAUAUUGCAAGAAGCAUGGUAUUAAUACUUACACCACACAAGCAUAUUGUUGAAAACAUAUUACAGGAUUGUAUAUGGCAUAAAAAAUUAUCUGAUGUUCGAGAUAUUAACAAUAUGUUAAUAAAUAAACUUCAUCCUGGCAUAAUGUCAGAAUUGGAUAAAAACUUAAUGAUGUAUUUUAAGAGUUUGUUGAGUGAAAAAACUCAAGAUACGUACAAUGUAGAAUCAGUUCAGGAUUCUGAAGAGAGUUUUAUGGAAAUGGAUCCGAUAGCUUCGCCUGAUUCAAAACAAACGAAUUCACCAAGAAGUUAUAAUAACGUUGUUAUUGAUAGGAGUCUGGCCAUUAUUAAAAAACGUCAUGUAAAUGUAAGAAGUACCAGACCUUAUAUACUACAUCCUAUCGAUAAUUUGCCGGAAGCACAGUCUGUCUAUAGAAAUCAAGACCAUCUAUGGGAUUUCUACACGGAUUUAGAAAAACUUAAAAAGGCACUUGAACAUGAAGCUUAUGAUUGUGUUAUUGAUAUUUUAGUAAAAUACGUAGCAAUGCAAGAUGACAUCUUGUUUGUUCGUGCUUGUUGCAACAGGUUUUCGAAAGAAAUAAAAAAUAAAAAUCAUUUAAUAAAUAUAAUAGAACGAACAGGUGAAAAAUAUUCUAGUAUGAGAAAAAUCCUAGAUAUAAUAUAGAGAAAAAGAUAUUGAGAAAAAUACUAGAAGAGUAUAUUAAAUAAUAUAGAUUAUAUUAUGAUAUUAAUUGUACUGUUAUAGUAUUUUAUAUAUUACUUUAUUAAAAUCUAUAAUCUUAUUACAUUUUGUGAUGCGAUCAGAGAACUAUAAUACAAAGAAAGGAAGAAAUUUCGCAACAUAUAAAAGGAAUCUAUUUGAAUCAUUGGUUUAAUGGGGGUUUUUGGAAUAUAAAUAUAAAAAAUUUGGGACUCAAGGAUCAGUCUAAGUGUAGAAGGUUGAUUC